AAGGAAACAAAAAAAGAAAAAAGCGAUAGAGAAACGAACCAUUAGAGAGUCGGUGCGGGUCCCACCUUUUCUCUCUCUAAAUUCCUCACCCAACUCAACACCUCACACUCAUUAUUAUUACUGCUUCUCUCCUCAUUCCUCCGCCACCGCCACCACCACUCUCUCCUCCGAUGGCGACGGCGGCGGAGCCAGAAGCGAAGACCUACUGGUGCCACGAAUGCGAUAUGAGCGUGUCCCUCACGCUCCUUCCCUCGCCUCUCCUCUGUCCCCACUGCCACACCUCCUUCCUCGAACUCAUGGACUCUCCCUUCUCCCAAAACGACGCCGAAUCGCCCCUCUUCGACGUCGUUUUCCAGGACGCGCUCUUACUCCUCUCCCCCAAGCCCCUCCCCGCCAAACCCCGCCCUCUCCCCUCCGUCAACGUCACACCCUCGCUCCUUUCCGCUCUCGACCCCAACGGCGUCGUUUUCUGCGCCGUGUGCAAAGACCAAAUUGUCGUCGACGCCGAGGCCAAACAGUUGCCCUGCAAACACCUCUACCACGCCGAUUGCAUCACGCCGUGGCUCGAGCUCCACGCGUCGUGCCCGUUGUGCAGGCUCCGCCUUGAGGAAGAGGCGGCACAGGAGGAGGAAGACGAAGGUGACGGCGUGGUGACGGAGAUCCGAAGGGAGCUGAUCGCGAGGCUCACGGAGUUUACGGAGGAGGAUUUCUACGGGCUGAGGACCACGCUCAGCCACAUUGCCUCGCGCCACGCGCUCAUCGAAGAGAACGAGAACCUCCUGCAAAUUGGCGAACCUCGAGGUGCCCAAGCGCCUUUGCUAUAAGGUAUAUAGUGUACUAAAAUAAUGUUGAAGUUGUAUCACAUAGAUCGUCUUAUCAAGUGUAAAUCUGCACCGACGAUUAUGCUGCUUCUUUUCUUUCCCUCCUUUUUUGGGAAUCUCCAACUAGCUAGUUGUAGUGUUAUGGCCAAAAAUACAAUAAAUUGAUGGAGUGCAAGAGUAACAUGCGCUUCUCUUACCGUCUUCCACAAUCUAUGUUGGUCCUAGGAACUGUCUUUCCUUAAGCCAAAUUUCCCCUCCAUUUUAGGCAAUAAAAUAUCGUGUAAAAUUUAGCUUUCUUUUUGUGUUAUGUAUGGAUUGAUCAAGUGGAUGGAUCCUUCCCCCUGAACAUGUUUUCUGUUUUGGCCUCAGUAGAUGAUAUUUUUGCUGCCAAUAUUUCUGUAGUUACGAUAAGAGAUUAUUGAGGGAUUGAAUUAUUUGAGUGUAGGCUGUGUACCAUGGAAAAGCCUUAAAAUGCUUGUUGUGUGCAAGUUGUGUUCUGAUUUAUGAUUAAUGAAUGAAUAUAGCUGGUUAAUUAUAUUGUCA